UGCAGCCAUCGGACGCUGCUCGCGUUGUCGGCCGCUUCUUGCCCUGACUUUUCGCAGAGGCGCGGUUUGUUUGCAUGGAAAGCCUUGAAACUGGAAACUGAAGGCCAGACAUGGGCGACUUACCAAAUGCAAGCCAGCUGGCAAACACCCUUGUUGGAUACCAUAACGCUAACGGAGAUGACUGGAGGGUUGCAAAAAAUAUGAAAGAUGUUACAGUGUGGCGGAAACCUUCAGAGGAGUUCAGUGGAUUUCUGUAUAAAGUUCAAGGUAUAGUGAAAGACAUCCCCACCCGGAUAAUCGACUAUAUUCGUCCUGGACCAUACAGACUGAACUGGGACAGCUUGAUGACUUCAAUGGAUAUUGUUAAAACAUUCGAUGAGCCAGGUUGCUGCAUGUUGCGCUACACGACUGCAGGACAGCUAUGGAAUAUUAUCGCUCCCCGGGAAUUUGUCGACUUCUCCUACACCACGGACUACCAAAACGGCCUCCUUUCCUGUGGUGUCAGUGUGGAGUACCCUGGCGGGCUGGAGAACUUCGUCAGGGGCUUUAACCACCCCUGUGGUUGGUUCUGUGUGCCCACAGAGGGGGCGCCAGCGCACGGGCUGCUGACAGGCUACAUCCAGACAGACCUGCGGGGCAUGCUGCCCCAGUCCGCCGUGGACUCUGCAAUGGCCAGCGGUCUCAUCAACUUCUUUGUGGACCUGCGAAGGGCUCUGAUCGUGUGACUGAACUUUGUUCCCUUCAAAUCAAAACAUUAUUAGCUGCCAUUAUGAUACGGUUUUGGUAUAUUUUUCUACAAGAUUAAUAAUAUUGUGAAUUGCUGGUAGUAUGUUUAGGUUUUAAAUCGUGAGUUAAAGGGAAUCAAUCUUUUUAUAUGUGUAUUUGUGUCAUCUCUUAACUAUGGGGUAAUUAAUCUUCUCCCAGUGUAAUCUUAUUUCAAGAUUUUGAGUGGUUUGAACCCAAAGCACAGUAAGGUAAUAUGUACCUGCUUACCUCUUUGGAAAUGACGGAUAAGUUUCAAUUAUCUUUGCGCACAAUGGAUUUUGAGGAGGACACUCAUCAAAAAUACUGAGAAGUAUUUUUGGUGUAUAUUAUAUGAAUAUAUUUAAUGAAUGCAUGCUGUCAACUAGAGAAAUCUUUAAGUAAGUAAAAUUUAUUUAUAAAGCGCCUUUCACAGAGGUUACAAAGCGCUGUGCAGCACUACAGUCUUUCUGAUUUUGGAGGUGCUUCCAGUUUGCGUUUGGCUAUAGGAAAAAUAAGUAAGCAAAAAAUGCAAUGCAAUGACUUUUUUUUUUUUUUAGCCCUCAAUCUGUGAUUAUGACGCACACAGAAAAUAGUGACCUCAGCUUUAUGAACGAAGACCAACAUAGAGUGUAUGAUGGGCAAGAUUUAAACUAUGCUUUUAUUUAGUUUAAUUUCCAUCAUAAAUAUGCAAUAAAUUAAAAUGCAGCAACUAACGAGGAAAACACUAGCUAGGUAUGAUCAUUGCAAGAAAACACUUUUCAAUUAAUUUUACUGUAAAUAGAAUAAAGAUUUACGAACUGUUAAAAUUUAAAUAGAUUUUUUUACGUGCACUGUUUCAUUGUAUAUGUAUAUUGUUUUUUUAAUCCUCAUCUGAUAAAAAGGUACCGUAACAUACCGUAAUAUAUGUUUAUUAUAAGGUUUUAUCAUGUGAUUCUAGAUAAAUAUAUUGUACACUUUUGUGGAUUUUAAUAUGAGGGAUUAAUGUAAUUAAUUUUAAGUUCUGACCUCACAUGCUGUCAUUCAUUGUAUUUGAACAUGCAGUUUUCCAGGUGUAGGUUUAGAUCUUUAAAUGCGAAUGUAAAACCUAGCAUUAGCGCUACCGUGAGCUGCGACUUUAGCGUUACCGUGAGCACGCUGUCACAUUAGCGUUACUGUUAGCCCACUGUGACUUUACCAGUACUAUGUGCAUGCUGUAGCACAAUGUAACAUUACUGUUACCGCACAUUAGCAUUGCUCUGGGACUUUGAUAUGCACAGUGGGGUACGUCAUGAUACUUAAACAUUUUUUUAUGGUGUUUUUUUUUUUUUUUUGGUCUAGUAAAUUUGUGUGCAUAUGAAUUUUCAUAAAUGCUCCCAGCUUAAACCCGCUACUGUAAAAGGUGUGCAUGCAGUAUAUUCACAAGAUAAUUUUUAUACCGACAUUGUUUAUUGUUCAACUGUGCAUUGAAAUACAGAUUAAAUCUCAGAAAUGCCAUUUAAA